GUGGUUUGUUUUAGCGACAACUUUUGAAACCAAAUGUAGGUGAUAGUGACAGUAGGAAGACAUUCACUGCUUCAUCAUGGCUUUACAGCUGCUGAUCUUCAUCCUCCUCUAUUUGACUCUUGAAACAAAAGCUGAAGCUCUUCCUCAACCGAACCUAACUGUGGAUAGACUUGUGAUGACAGAAACUGAUUCAGUCACAUUAAGCUGUUCGGCUCCACCACAUGUUUCUGUGUCUCGGUGUGAUUUCUACAUUCAAAACAAAGAAAUGUUUUCAGACUCCUCCUGUGUGAAAACACUGACAGGAUCUGAGAUGCUGAGGAUGUUAAGCAGAAAAUCACCAGCUGAUGUCAAAGUUAAAUGUUUCUACGUUAAAAAGAAUGAUGCUCUCGAUGCCCCAUCAUCAGACAGUGAAUCAACAACCAUCAUCAUAAACAAUCUUCUUCCAGCCACACUGACAGCGAAUCCUCUGGUGAUCACAGAGUCAAACUCAGUCACUUUAACCUGUCAGCCUCCAUCUUCUGUUCCUGUGUCUGAUUGUUAUUUCUACAUUGGGAGAGAAAAAAUACCACAAAGAUUUUCUUGUCUGAAGACGAUGACAGCAGCUGAUCUCCUGUCUUUAACCAAACAAAGUUCACCAGCUAACAUUGAUGUAACAUGUUAUUACCUGAAAUCACAUCCAUCUCCAAAGAGUAACCUGCUCUCCAUCAUCAUACAGCUUCAUCCACCUGAACUGACUGUGAAUCCACAGCAGAUCACAGAGACAGACUCAGUCACAGUGAACUGUGGGACUCCUUCAUCUGUCUCUGUGGAGAAUUGUUUUUUAUAUUUCAUAAACUCAAAGAUGUCCAGAAGCAUUUCCUGUAAGCAAACACUGACAGGAAGUGAGCUCAUGAUGAUGACACAUCAAACUUCACCUGCUGAGGUUGAACUAAAAUGUUAUUACAUGGUGAAGCGUGGAGGAAUGCAUCAGUCUCCAUAUAGUAACACGUCUACAGUCUCCAUCCACAAAGUUCAGGAAACAGAUUCAACCACAUCUCAGAGAGUAACGACUGUCAGUGUGACUGCUGGUCAAACAUUUAGGACAACAAUAGAAACAGAAAGUCCAUUUUCUUCUCCCCCAUCAUCAGUGAAUCCUACAUUAUUUGUAGCAACAGAUCCAAGUGGAAGGACCACAGUCAACACAGUUUCUACUUUGUCAACGUCACCAUCAGAGGCAACAGUUGUUGAGAAUAAGGAUUGGACCUUCACAGCUUUCCCUGCAACCACUGCAGCAGAUCAGAAACUUUCUGUCAAAACUAAAUGGAUGUUUGUAGCUGUACCUGGUUCUGGAGUAGUUGUGGGAGUAGUUUUACUUGUGGGACUUCUCUGUUCCAGAUGGAGAAGUGAUAAAAAAACUUACGCGAGAUCACGAGUCAGAAAUAAUGAUAACUUUAUAGGAAUGAGGAAUGUUACUAAUGGAGGACUGUUACCUGUUGGGAAUGAAGAUGGUUACCACACAGUCACCUUCGUUAAUGCAGACGACUCUGCAACCGAAUCCAUUGCGAUAAACACACAGAACUCUCAAAAUGAAAAUCAUGAUGUUUACCACGUUUACGCCACCAUCCCUGAUGAACCAGAAGAAGCUACCAUAGCCAAGCAGCUGUACUACACCCUACAAGCUCACUGAAAAACAGCUUCUGUUUAAAGAUGCGUUAAAAAUAUCCACUAAAUGUACAGCUAUAGAUUAUGUUUUUAUAGAUAUUUUUUAUUAUUAUCAUUUCAUUAUUGUCUGUCCUCUCCUUUCUGGAUUAUAUUUACUUUUCAUUACUCAGUGUUGUGAAAAAGCAUUUUAUCCGUUCUUCAGCUGUUUUCCUUUUGUGACAAAAUUAAAUGUUUAAAAAUGUUACAAUUUUAUGUAUUUUUUUAAUUUUUGUUUUGGGGGAGUAUGUCUAUGUCAGUCUUGCACAUCUGGAGACUAAAGAUUAAAUUAAGAACAUCUGGAAACUUAAAAUUAUUCCAAAGAAUCUCAUUUAAAUUUAAGUCUAAACUUUAACUAGGACAUUUUAAACAGCAGCUCCAUUGCAGUUCUGCUUGUGUGGUUCUGGUUGUCCAGUAUUAAGCCUCAUAACCUUUAGCAGGUUUUCUGCCAGUGUUGUUUUGUAUUUGCCUCCAUAAAAAGCAGCUUCCCUCUUCUGAAUAAAACCAUCCUCACAGCCUGAUGCUGCUCCUUCCAUGUGUCAGUUAGUUGGUUUUCUGGGUCAUGUGCAAUGUUUGUUUUCUGUGAAAUUAUUUAGGGGUCUCUUCAGGUGUUUUGUUAACUGUGAACGUUUGUAUCAUUGUCCUUUCAUUUUGCAAUUUUGAGCCACUUUGUUAUGGUCGAAAUCUAUGGAAACAGAUUUGUGCCAACAAUACCACACACAAUGUUUUACUUCUGAAAUGCUUCUUUUGUUUCCUUAAUUUUAGUUUUUAUCCUGUCAGACUAAA